UUAAAAUCUUUAUUUCAGCUCCGCCAUCAGAAUGGCAUCUGAUAAAAAGAAGAGACGAACUGAAGAAGAAAAUAGAGCAUUUAAUCAGGAUUGGACAGAGCAGUUUGCGUUCAUAUGCAACACAGAUGGCCUUCCGACUUGUCUGAUUUGCCAAGAAAAACUUGCACACAGUAAGAAGUCAAAUUUGGAGAGACACUUCACUACAAAACAUACCCAAUUCGCUGCCAAAUAUCCAUCCGGUGACACACGAAAAAAAGCUGUUAAAGAGCUUCAAAAACAAAAACAGCAGUCGAGUUCUAUGCUAAGUAACUGGGCGCAAUCUUCAAAUAAUGUAAACCUGGCAAGCUUCGCAAUAUCACUACAAAUUGCAAAAAGAGGGAAACCAUUCACAGAUGGUGAGUACGUCAAAGAUUGUUUCAUACGUGGAGCUGAAGAACUGUUUCGUGAUUUCAAAAACAAAACCGAAAUCAUGAAGAAAAUUAAAGAUAUGCCAUUAUCUGCUAAAACAGUACAAGAUAGAACUUCAAAAAUGUCUUCAAAUAUAACACACAUGCAAGUGGAAGACAUUCAACUGGCUUCUGCUUUAUCAAUUGCUAUUGAUGAGUCUUGCGACAUAAAAGACACGGCACAAGUUACCCUUUUCGUCAGGUAUAUGUCGUCCCAAGGUCCAAAAGAAGAACUGCUAGGAUUGCUGCCGCUCUCAGGGCAAACUCGUGGAGAAGAUAUAGCAAAUGCUGUGCAAAAAUGCCUGGAAGACUAUGAAAUCGAUAUAAAUAAAAUCGUUUCCAUAGCAACUGACGGAGCCAGAAGUAUGACAGGAAUACAUAGAGGGGUAACAACGAUUCUUCGGCAAAAAAUAAACCACGAAAUUUUAACGUUUCACUGCAUAAUUCAUCAAGAGGCGCUUUGUGCCCAAACAUUCCCGACUGAAAUGGUUGAGGUCAUGAACUUGGUUAUUAAGAUCGUUAACAGCAUUUUGGCAAAAGCACUCUACCAUCGCCAGUUUCAGGAAUUUCUUGAAGAAAUAGAAAGCCAGUAUUCUGAUCUACUUCUGCACAAUAAAGUGCGAUGGCUUUCCAAGGGUAACGUAUUGAAACGUUUUGCUUCUUGCUUGACUGAAAUAAAAAUUUUCUUCGAUGAAAAAGGCAUUGUCCAUCCCGAAUUGAAAGAAGACAAAUGGCUGCAAAAAUUCUACUUCAUGGUGGAUAUCACAAUGAAACUAAACGAGCUAAAUGUCAAACUGCAAGGAAAGGGAAACCCAGCCUAUGCCUUGCUUGAAGAAGUGGUUUGCUUUGAAAAUAAAUUACUUCUUUUCAUCGAAGACAUGGAGAGUGGAAAAUUACUUCAUUUC